CAAAGUGACCGUGUCAAUGAUUUUGUAAAACGUAUACAAGAAGAUUCAAAUGGCGUUUCUUUAGAUGAAUUAAAUAUAAGGCUCAAAGCUUUAGACAGUGCUUUUUAUGCUUUCAACAAAGUACAAACAAAAAUUGAAGAAAAGGUUUUUGAUGAAAUCUCUCAACCAAAUAGAUCAAAAUGCGAAGAAUUAUACUACUGUAUAGCAACAACGUUAAAAGUGUGCAUAUCAGGACUCAACAAUUCAGAUUCGAACCAAACAAUUCAUGUUUCCCAUGCGAUAUUAUCUGAUGAAAAAUACGACACUGUAAAACUGCCAAACAUCGAAUUACGCGAAUUUUCUGUUGAUGCUACUACAUGGAUAGCUUGGUUCGAUGAAUUUACAUCAUUGGUGCACAACAAUGAAAGGCUUCACAUCUUUACUAAAUUGCAUCAUUUGGUAUCUAAAUUGAGUCCGGCCGCAUGGGCUCGUAUAGCUGGCAUAAAAAUCAUUGUUGAAAAUUAUGAAAUAAUAUUACAAAGGUUAAAAGACCGCUUUGAAAACAAGAAAAUUAUUGGGAAGCAGCAUAUCAAAAAAAUUUUUGAGCAUCCUAAGAUCAUUCAUGCGAAUGCAGCUGAUUUACGAGAAUUAAUCGAUACCAUGAAUAAUCACCUUAUAGGUUUGAAAAAUAUUAAUCGUCCAGUUGAAUCAUGGGACGAUCUUAUGGUAAAGGCGCCAAUUGAUCGUUUACCAAUACUCUCUGAAUUAUAA